AUGAAUAGCAUCCCUAUAAUACCACCGAGUGUUUCUUCUAGCUCAGACUACCCACCCCUAGCGGUUGCUGCUUCUGAUGCUGGAAGGAAUUUACCGGCGAGAGCUGCACCUCCUCCCACUACUAGUAGCCCAGCUAGCGAUAUACCUAGGUCCUGGGCCGAUCUUCUUGCGGCGCGAGCUCGAGGGAAUAUACCGGCGAGAGUUGCACCUCCUCCCAGUACUAGUAUCCCAGCUAGCAAUAUACCGGUGACGAUUGUACCUUCUCCCUAUACUAUGUCCUGGCUCGAGUUUGUUGAGGCGCGAGCUCGAGAGAAUAUACCGGCGAGAGUUGCACCUCCUCCCACCACUAGUAGCCCAGAUAGCGACAUACCGGCGACAGUUGCACCUCCUCCCACUACUAGUAGCCCAGCUAGCGAUAUACCUAGGUCCUGGGCCAAUCUUGUUGCGGCGCAAGCUCGAGGGAAUAUACCGGCGAGAGUUGCACCUCCUCCCAGUACUAGAAGCCCAGCUAGCAAUAUACCGGUGACGAUUGUACCUUCUCCCAAUACUAUGUCCUGGCUCGAGUUUGUUGAGGCGCGAGCUCGAGGGAAUAUACCGGCGAGAGUUGCACCUCCUCCCACCACUAAUAGCCCAGAUAGCGACAUACCGGCGACAGUUGCACCUCCUCCCACUACUAGUAGCCCAGCUAGCAAUGUACCGGUGACGGAUGAACUUUCUCCCGAUACUAGUCCCUGGCAGUUUGUUGGGACUCGAGCUCGAAGGAAUAUACCGGCGAGAGUUGCACCUCCUCCCAGUACUAGAAGCCCAGCUAGCAAUAUACCGGUGGCAGUCGCACCUUCUCGCACUCCUCCGACCUCGGCCAGUCCCUUGGUGGGGCAAGCUGCACCUCCUCCUAAUCUUGGCAAAUCAGCUAGGAAGAAAGCUGCCAAACGGGCACGGGCAGCUAUGCAAGAGCAAGAGCUUCAAAGAAUACUAGCUUCGCAAGAUACCGAAUUACCACUCCUUACGGCACAAAACAAUGUACCGCCACCUGGAAAUAGGGCCGGUGCUCUCCCUGCACCCGCACCCGCACCCGCACCCCUAUACUCGCCCCGCGGCCCCGGAACUGUUUACCGCCCGCGUUUCACUGGAAAUGCACAAAGCCAGUCGCCGCUACCUCAAAAUUCAUCAGAUCCCGAAGAAAUCAGCAAUGAUUAUUCGUAUCUUCAACUGCAACGUCUUCUCCAACCUCAAUCUGUGGUCAACAAUUCAGUAGCGGAAGCAGAGCCAGAAAGAUCUGGCUUGGGCUAUAACGCCUCCACGAGCACUCAGACUAGAGGACGCAGAAUGAGUUUUGGGGAAUACAUGGAUAUGAUGAAUCGCGGUCCUGAACCAGAAAGUUCUUCUUCUGGACGCAUGAGGCCAUCACCCGUAAAUUCGGGGACUGGUUGGGGUGAAGAUGAGGAGGAGGAGAAUCCGUGGGAUGUUGCUGCGACCAGUGGUGGUGGUGACUGGGAAACCGGUGAUGGUGGUGACUGGGAGACCGUGCCAGCCGAUCUUUUGCGUCCAGAGCCUGCAACUACCAUCCUUAGAAAUGCCACACCCCAAGACCCACCGCCGUUAUCCGAGGAGAUGAGGCAGCUGGCUGAAGACACCUCUGUAAUAUUGGAGCUAAUUGGCAAGACCUAUCUGGGUGGCAACACCGGUAUGGAUAGCGACUAUAAACAGAUAAUCGAUGACGCGUUUGAGAAUAUUAGUAAGAUUCGGACGCAAUACAGAGUCGCGCUUGCAUUGAAGGCUGGAAGCGUAAAUCUCACUCAGGGUCCGGCACCUAUCGUCGAAGACAUACUGAAGAUAGAUUCGGCAUGUAUAAUUUGCUGUGACGAAGUUACGGAUACGGUCUUGUUACCGUGUAAUCACUUGGUACUUUGUAUGACGUGUAGCGAUAGGAUGGGAAUCAAAGGGAAAAGCACUCCGGGAGCACGGACGGUUACCUGUCCGAUAUGUAGGAAGCUUGUUUUGGAUAGGAUCAAGAUCUUCAGAGGUUGA